UUUAUAAUAGUAUAGUUUAAGUCAUGAAUUGUCUGCAAGUGUUGUUACGCGCGACUCAACUGCGUCCAGCAAUAACACGGAUAUCAACACGUUUUCGAUACACCCAACAUCAAGGGGUCAAAGGAAUUCGUAAUCGUAAGAGCUUCUACGAGGCUCCAGUACAGCCGGGGCUGCACGAGCAAAAUGAAUUGGCGGCCGUAAAUGCAGGAGACAUGCGCUUCUUGGACGAUCGUGCAUAUGAGGAAGUCGCCGGGGGAGCUAUGCGCAUCAACCGUGAUGUGGCUACAGCUCAGCAUGUUUUCAUUCUGCAGCCCUAUGUCAAGUGGUCCGCCAAGCGCACCACACCCGUCGAUGUGACGCCUGAUGAUCAACUAGCUGAGGCGACAGCGCUGAUCCACUCGUUGCCCAACUGGCAAGUUGCUCGAUCCUUAAAAGUGCCUCUGGAAAGUCUGGAGCGUAAAACACUCUUUGGUAGUGGCAAAAUAGCCGAGAUUAAGGAGCUGCUGGCACAACUGCGAAGCGAGCGRCAGGUUAACAGUGUCUUUGUGAGUAAGGGCACGCUCUCAUUUGCCCAAAGACAAUUCCUAGAGGACGAGUUUAAACUGCCUGUGCUGGAUCGUUACUCGGUGGUCAUACAGAUACUACGUCUGCAUGCGACCAGUGCAGAGGCCCGCCUACAGGUGGCUAUGGCAGAGUUACCUUACAUAUGGUCGCAGGCAAAGGAUGCCAGUGUCACACAGACCCGACGACAAGGCUACUCUCUAACUGAUCAGCAAAARGAAAUACUGCGCACCAGGGAGCGCAAACUGCGAGCAGAAUUGGAUGAUGUACGUCGGCAGCGACGCUUGCUGCGCAAGAAGCGCAAACAGUUAAACUGUCCAACUGCAGCUGUUGUUGGCUAU